AUGUCUCGCUUUGUCAGGGCAUCAAAGUAUCGCCAUGUCUUUGGACAGCAGGGAAAGAAAGAAUACGGCCUCGACAACAUCAAAGUCUCCAACAGCGCUUGGGACACAAACGUCGUAGCAGCCUCUGCGCGCUACAUCAGCAUCAACUGGAAUGCCUCGGGUGGCGGUGCUUUCGCGAUCCUGCCACUCCCCUCGCCGUUCGAGCCUCUUCCCCUCGGCUUCCCCUCCAAGCUCCCCGACCUCAUCCCCCUCGCGCGCAGCCACUCUGCGCCG